AUGGAUGCUAGUAGAGUCCCAGGCCCUGUCAGAGUUGCAGGUGAUAAUAGUGCUGCAGCAACCUCUGCUUUGUCUUCCGGCAACUUCAACUUCAGGGAGAAAGACCUCACAUUGCGGUGUUUGCCUACAAAUGGCCUGUGCAUUGUUAAGAUGCAAGGUCUGUCAGGCUUGUCUUGCCAAAAUAUCCAACAACAUGCAACACAUGCUACCAUGGACGAUAUCCUUCGCAAAGGGAUUGCGGUGCCAGAUGACAACCAGAGGUAUUCCAUAGAUGCUACCUCGGUGGUAUGGGGAAACAAGGCGUGGGUUUCCAAUGCUGGUUUGCAUAUCCCUGAGCAAAUGAAUAUUCUUCUCGCUGUUCUUCAAGCACUUGGUAUCCUCGAUAUCCAACUGCAAAUGCAGACAAUGGUAACCCAGUGGAAUGUGCCCCAGCAGGAUGCCCAGGACGACAGGCAAGUGAUAGCCACCAUUGUGCAUGCUAUUGGAGAGAUUCUAGACAGCCGCGUCACACCACACACAAUCAAGAUUCCCUCAAGACCUUUGCCCAACCUAGUCCCUGGCCCUGAUUUCAAUGCUUCCGCACCACCACCAUUUCAUGAAAGCGAUGUCGCCUACUUGUACUGGACCAUCUCUGUAGUUGUCUGGGCAUACCUUCGCUCUGGUUUUGUUAUGAGCCACUUCCCAUCCUCAUAUGUUUCUGAUCUUCCGGAACCGCGCAGAGUUAUCUCCCUCGCCCAUAACUAUGUUGCCCGUCGUCGUGAAGUGAAGUAUGCUUCAACAAGCAAGCUCCGAGUCGCAGCACUACAAUAUGUCAUUGACCAAAGCUGGUUUAUGAUGAUGUCUUCUUACUCUCAUCACUUCUGUCUUGGGUUCACCCAGUGUGGUCCCCUCCUCACACUCUGUCUCACCGAUCGUGGUGGGAACUGCACAACAAAAGAUGUCAAUGCAUCCAAGGCAGAAGACAUACUGAUUUUUAUACAGGCGGUCGCUCAUUUCACCCUUGCUCCUGACGAUGAACUUGGGGAUGAUCAAUUCUUCCCAACAUUCUCCGGGUCGUUUGAGAUGACUUUCCCUAGCAUCAUCAAGGGCAGUCCUAUCAAAUACUUGAACAAGUUGAUAAUCGAGAGCCGCCUCUUUCACUCCUUCUCUUUCACUGGCAAAGGAACCCAGGUCCUCCUUGCCAAGCCCGCCAUUCUGUCCGCUGGGCAAUACCCCCAACAUGUUGUG